GUAAACCCAAAGGACAACAAAACGAAGCAUAUUCCGAUGGUAGCAAAUAAUAUGUCAAACGGUCUAUCUGUAUAAAUAGAACUCUCGGUUUUGCAAGUAAGGGACAUCCAAACACAGCAUAAAGCUCUUUUCACUUAGGCUCAAAACUUUUAUUGCUUGUAACAAUGAAGGAUCUUGAUCCAACUUACAUCCAAGCACCAGAGCAUAGAAGAGAUUCGAAUUUCAUCCCUAACCAACCCGAAGAAAUACGUGUGAUUGAUCUCUCGCGCCUCGAUGAUCCCGAAGAUGUCCAAAACGUUAUCGCAGAGAUCGGUGACGCCUGUGAGAAAUGGGGAUUUUUUCAGGUCAUUAAUCAUGGUGUGCCUUUGGACGCAAGACAACGUGUGGAGAAGACUGUGAAGACGUUUUUCGAUUUGCCAAGGGAAGAAAAAAUAAAGGUGAAGAGAGACGAGGUGAAUCAAGUAGGGUAUCACGAUGGUGAACACACGACAAACGUUAAAGAUUGGAAAGAAGUGUUCGAUAUGUAUUUCAAAAACCCAGUGGUUAUUCCUUCUUCCACUGAUCCUGAAGACGAAGGUAUAAGGCUUGUUUACAACAAGUGGCCUCAGUUUCCUUCUGAUUUAAGGGAAGCAUGUGAAGAAUAUGCAAGACACGCUGAGAAAUUAGCGUUCAAGCUCUUAGAACUAAUUUCAUUAAGCUUAGGCUUACCAAAAGAGCGUUUUCGUGAUUACUUCAAAGAACAAAUGAGCUUUUUCAGGAUAAAUCGUUAUCCACCAUGUCCAAGACCUGACCUAGCUUUAGGUGUUGGUCACCACAAAGACCCAGACGUGUUAGGUUUACUGGCUCAAGAUGAGGUUGGAGGAUUACAAGUGCGUCGUAGAUCGGACGGUGUUUGGUUUCCCAUUAGACCCGUCCCUAAUGCUCUUGUCAUCAAUUUAGGCAACUGUAUGGAGCUAUGGACGAAUGAUAAGUAUUGGAGCGCAGAGCAUAGAGUGGUGGUGAACACAACAAGAGAGAGAUAUUCCAUACCAUUCUUCUUGUUGCCUUCACAUGAUGUGGAAGUGAAGCCAUUAGAAGAGCUUGUGAGUCCUAAAAACCCUCCAAGGUACAAAGGCUAUAAAUGGGGUAAGUUCUACGCCAGUAGAAACAGAAGCAAUUUUCAAAACCAGGAUAUCGAAAACAUUCAAACUGAUGACUUCAAAGUUGUGAAAGAAUAGACUAUAUGUCAAUGAUUUUAUCUUUUACCAAUCAUAAUAAUCAAAUAAUGUGUGUGAGUGUGGAUUUGUGUCAGAACUAAUAAAUUUGAUAACUUCUGUGUAUUGGAAGUAGCAGGAUUUAAAUGUGAUAUAAGUUUUCUUUUCUUCU